UUUGUCACUGUGUGUUUGUAGUUUGUUCACUUCAGCCGCCUGCAAGUUAAACCGCCGUUCCUCUCGGAUACAGUUCCUCCACUUCGAAGUCAAACCUCUUUACUUAUUUUUCUUUCGAGAAGUUUAUUUCCUUGUGAAGAAGCUCGACGAGGAUUAAAAAUAUAUAUAUAGUAGAAGGCAGUAGUCAAAGAAGGAGGAGAAUAAAAAGUGACAAACCUGGAGGAGGAACAGGGCGUUCAUACUUCGAAGUAACCAUGGAAGUUCCUGGUAUGCAGAGUACUCAGCUCGAUCCAGAGGAGCUGUUCACUAAAUUGGAUCGCAUUGGAAAAGGAUCUUUUGGAGAGGUCUUCAAAGGAAUCGAUAAUCGCACUCAGAGCGUCGUCGCCAUCAAAACGAUCGAUCUGGAGGAGGCAGAGGAUGAAAUCGAGGACAUCCAGCAGGAGAUCACGGUGCUCAGUCAGUGCGACAGUCCGUACAUCACCAUGUACUAUGGCUCCUACCUGAAGGGAAGUAAAUUGUGGAUCAUCAUGGAGUAUCUUGGAGGGGGCUCAGCACUCGACUUGCUGCGGGCAGGUCCGUUUGAUGAGUUUCAGAUUGCCACCAUGCUGAAGGAGAUCCUGAAAGGGCUCGACUACCUGCACUCUGAGAAGAAAAUCCACAGAGACAUCAAAGCUGCCAACGUCCUGCUGUCGGAGCAGGGUCAGGUGAAGCUGGCGGACUUCGGAGUGGCAGGUCAGCUGACAGACACGCAGAUCAAGAGGGAAACCUUUGUGGGAACGCCGUUCUGGAUGGCUCCUGAGGUCAUCCAGCAGUCCGCCUACGACUCCAAGGCGGAUAUUUGGUCGCUGGGCAUCACGGCCAUCGAGCUCGCCAAGGGGGAACCGCCGAACUCCGACAUGCAUCCAAUGCGAGUGCUCUUCCACAUCCCCAAAUCCCCUCCUCCAACACUGACUGGUGAUUUCUCCAAAAGCUUCAAAGAGUUCACAGAAGCUUGCCUCAACAAGGACCCUUCUUUUCGUCCCACAGCCAAGGAGCUGCUCAAACACAAGUUCAUCGUCAAACACUGCAAGAAGACGUCCUAUCUCAGCGAGCUGAUUGACAGGUACAGGAGGUGGAAGGAGGAGGACCACAGUGACAACAGUUCAGACGACUCUGACAGUGAAUCUAGUAAUAAGGAAAACAACGAGUCUCCAGAGUGGUCCUUCACCACUGUCCGUAAGAAGAAGCAGGACAAGUCAGAUAGCAGGACCAUCCUCAAUGGAAAUGAUCAGAUGAGUAAAUCUGCCAGUCUCACCACAGUCAUCUCCCCCGUCUUCACAGAGUUGAAGCAACAGCACAAGGAGCACUCUGAGCAGCGGUUGGCCAUCGAGGAGCUGGAACGUAACAUUCGAAUAGCUGAAGAUAUCUGUCCAGGCAUCACAGACAAGAUGGUCACGCAUAUCAUUGCCAGAUACACAACAAAUUGAAAGAUGGAUGGAUCGACCCAGGAAAAAGAAAAAACAUGAAGAGAGAGAGACUGUGUUUCCUUUACGGUGACGCUGCUGGAUGAUGAAAAUAAGGCAGAUUUGCUGUGCAGUAUCUGCUUGCUGUACACACACACAUCUCAACACACACUCACACACAUGCACGCACGCACACUACCAAUGUAAUAUAUACACUAUAUUAAACAUAUACAUAUAAAUUCCCUGCUGCUGGUUGAAAACCUUUUAUCUCCCUAUGGUUAAUUAAAAAAAAAUCCACAACAAUAACGAAAAUAAAAUCUGAUGUAUAGCUUUUAUUUCUGAUCUGCCUUUACCAUAAUGUGCCUUAGUUCUUUUUGUUAUCAGUCAUUUUCUACAUUUUCUGCUGUCACUUGUUUUCUUAAGAGGUUUUUGUAGAAAUGGCUCACGAAGGAAAUGUAAUACCAAAGAAGGUUCUCGUCCAUCAGCAGUGGUAUGUUUUUGUGUCAUGUUUUUGUGUCAUGAGUUGCCUGGAGUCUGUAGAUGUCUUUAUUCUUGUUUAGUAGCACUUGAGACAGAUGAUAUGCCAAUAUUACAUUUGUUUUUUAUUUUUGUUUUUCAGUAAUGUCUUUCAGUUACAGUUCCCUGAUCCCAGAAUUCAUUCAAGGUGGUUUCUGUUAAAGCAGUGUAGAUCCUUCAAUUUUACUGUUUUGUACAGCGACUUUCUUGAAUAUUCAAGGUGAAAAGCCUCCUACUCUAAAAUGGUACAAAUGUGGUGAAUUUAUGGAACUUUUUAAUGUCCAAAUGUUCCUAAACUUUUAAAUUUCCCCAUCAAGUUUAAUAGCUUAUCUCCAGUCUCUGGCUAGCUUGGCUAGGUAGCCAGUUGCCUGUUAACUGGUAGGCUAGCUGUUAUUGUAGCUACCCAAAGUUGCUGGCAAGAUAUGAGUAGUUAAAAUGCUGAAAAUGGCUGCCAUGUGAAUAAGGCUGGUUUAGUUAGUUUUAGUAACAAAGCCACUGGCAGCACACAACUGUUAGUCCAGAUUUAUUUUGUUAUGUUAGUCUUGCUAGCCAAAUAGUUAGUAGCUUGCUAAACAGUAAGCUAGAUAGCUGUUGUUGUUACUGCCCUUCUCUAAUUAGCAGCAGUUAAGGCUUUAAUCACAGAGGCUUAGAGACCAAUCGGUGACCUAGUAGAGGGGGGAAAGAAAUGUGUAGUCCCCGAUUGAUUGGCAAGUGGUUGCUGGAGUGUUCUUGCACUUGCUAGCUUCAAUGCAAACCUCCUACCAAUUGCUUUGGUUGCUAGCAGAUUGCCACAGUUGUUUGUAGUUUGUACGGAAGAUGCAAAAAUUGUCUACACUGAUCAACUACACCAAGUGGUAAUGAAACCUUGAAAAAUGUGGUGCCAACUGGAAACAAAGAACGUUCCUUUGUAAGUUUUGCCUUACCACUGAAACCAAUACAUUUCAUUAGGCACAUGUCCUCUGUUUCCAUUACAAAUUUUUUCCAGUUUCACUACCACUCGGUGUUUGGUUAGUGUUUGCAGAUAAGUCGCCAUCUUCCAUGCAGACUGCUGGCAAACAUGGCAAGCUGCAAGUGACUGAAGAAGUCACGAGUCUUUCAGUGCAACACACUCAAUGCAAACACGUUUAUCACUUGCCAACUGAUUAGGAGGAUACGCCUUCAUUCUUAGCAACUGGAGGUUACCAUGCAGUCACUGACCAGUCUUUUUGACUGAGGUACAGGAUGUUAAAAUGAUGAAAAUGGCUGCCAUUUGGUGAGUGUAACUACGUUUGAUAACCCACACCCAGUAAGAUUGAAGGAAUCUUUUUUUUUUUUUUUUUUUUUUUUAAUUAAAGAAUACAUGUUGACAUGUAGUUAUGACACAAAGGUCUUCCAGUGGCUGCUUCAUUAUAUGUAGCAUUUUGGAAAACUUGGUAAGUUUCAGAUUGUGUCAGAAAGUUUUACGAUAUCUUCCUUAAUAGACAACAUUGGAAAGUAGCGCAGGUUUUUUCAAGGGCAUGAAGGGACCUGCAGUUGAAGGUGUUACUGAUAGUUUGUACCAAAGACACUAUAUAAAAUUCAGUCGCUGUAUAUUUGUUUCGUUUUUUUUAUAUAUAUCAUAAGGGAUACAAUGCUUGUUGAGGGGUAGAUGUAAAGUGAAAGAUGUAAGAUUUUACAGCAAUGUACUCAUUUUUUGUAGCGGGACUUAGAGUUUUAUGAAUAAAUAUUUAAGUUUGA